GCGCGUGCGGCUUGAGAUUUGUCGAAGAUGAAGCAGUUAUUUCAAAGGCAGGUUAUCUGUCGAGCAGUUACUUGGUAUUUACGAACUCUACACAGCCAGAGUGCAAAAGUGACUACUCGCAUUUUGAUAGAAGAUUUGGGAACUGGAACAGCAGCACAAUUGAACAAAGCGGCACAUUCCACCAAAAGUUUCCCUUUAUUUUCUACUGUUCCGUUAUUGCUUCAGAGACCAAAUUUAUUGAUUCUUAACACAACCAAUGAUGGCAGAGUUUUCCCUGGUGGAAACCCUGGAUAUGAUGUAAUAUUGCCUGAGAUUCCUAAGGAAACAAUCCAAGAGUUGAUUUUUCCACAUUGUUCAAGGAUCAUCAGAACAAUCAUCGGGGAUCAUGACACACAUGAACUUACAGUUGGUGAUGACACACAAGAUACCAAAACUUUACAAUGCAAGAGAUUUAAGGGCAUUCUCAAGAUACGUCGUAAGAAGAUGAAAAAGCACAAGUACAGAAAAAGAAGGAAGCGUGACUUAUUCAAACGUAGGCACUUAAAAGUUUUUAGGGAAAAAAGAAAAGCAGAAAGGAAGGAAGAAGAGCGUAAAGCUAAGCUAGAGGAUGCCCAGUAACUUGAGAUGAAUGAAGAAACCAUUUGAAUCAAGCACUUACCGGUAGCCUAGAGGUAUUUUCUCAGAAAUAACUCCUUGCAGGGAUUAUGAAGAAAAAUGCUGCAGAGAACACUACCUAAUUUCUCUUUUCUUAUGAAUCUGAAUUUUCUGUUUGCUCUGUAUGUAAAUUUUGAUUGCUAUCUGUGCGAUAAAAGUUUAAGAAGAAAAAUUUGUCUGUGCAAGGGGCUUGUUUGUGUAUAGUUUCCUUAACUGGAACUUUUGGUGCAUUGCAACCUAUUGUUGCUGAGAAAUUAUGACAUCUAUUGAAGGAAGUCUUUCUCAAUUUGAAAUUCAGUCACUGAAAAAAAAUUCAUAGUAUGUGCUGCAGGGAUAUUGUGGAGCAUUGCUGUAGAUGCAUGAUGAAGUGAGGACUUUUGAGUGAGCAUUAUAUAAGAAAUAUGAAAAUAUGGAAACUUUCCUUUCUUUUUUAUCCACCUUAAGCAAGUGACUAAUGCAAUGAGGUGGUUGUCACCAACUCAGUGUGUCACAAUGUAACUGUUUUUCAAACUUAUUCCUUAUAUUCAGCCACUAAUAAAUCAAUUCUUUACACAAA